AAUAUAGAAAGUAUCUCUAAUAUUAAAGAACCUUCAAAUAGCUUUGUAAAUAAAAAUAGACAUAAAUCAUCAAUAGAUGAUUUAUUUUCAUCAAAAUGUAAAAGAAGUAAAGAUAUAGAUAAAUAUAAUGAUUUGUUUAAAACUAAAGAUAUUAAUUUUAGUGUUGAAAUGAAAAAUGUUUUUAUAGAGGAUAUUAAAGAAAAGAAG